GUAUCAGAGGUUUGGGAAACAUGAGUAUAGCAGGCCUAUAGAUUGGCAAGGGGCACUGACAGACCAAAUUGGAAAGGCUUAUAGGUUGCUUAUACAAAAGCUAGUCUUAUAUUAUGUAAAAGCAGUCGAUGCUUAUAGUGCUUUACGCACUCACCUAGCCAUGCAACACAGUCACGCGCACACAUCCACACAAGAUUGCGCAUGUGCACGUGAAUGGGUGCACAUGCUUGCAAACACACACACAGGCACACGCACACACACGCACACACACACACACACACACACACACACACACACACACACACACACACACACACACACACACACACACACAGACAGACAGACAGACAGACAGACAGACAGACAGACAGACAGACAGACAGACAGACACACACCAAACACACACACACACACACACACACACACACACACACACACACACACACACACACACACACACACACAUGUAAACACACACACACACACACACACACACACACACACACACACACACACACACACACACACACACACACACACACACACACUGGAUAUAGACAAACGUUACAAUGCAUUAAUUAAUUAAUUAACUGGGUGCACUAUAAUUUGAAAUUUGUAUAGUUGUAUUCACUAUAGUUGGUUGUAUUAGAUUGUUUUUCAGCAAAUGUAUUAUUUCGCAGGCUUACGCGUGUUUCUAGCCAGGUUGUAGGUUUGAUUCGAAUAUUGGUGGGGACUUUUUUUUUAUUCACUAUACUACCCACAAGUAGUGCAUGUGCAGCCACACAUGGACACAGACUAUUAAAAACCAUAUGCCGCUGUUUUACAAACAAAUCUAUUUGCUGAGAUAUCUAAUUUUUCAACCACUUUGAAAACAGAGUUCUCAGCCCAGAAAUUGUAUCAAUAAAAUAUUGAUCUCUGUGGGUGUUACAUUCAAGAGCCGGAAGACAGAUAGAGUUUCUUGUUAAAUUUCAAUAAAAUAAUUAAAAUGUAUACUGCACGUCACCAGCACCUGAAAAUCAAAAGGCUGUGCACAGGCACUUUGUUCUUUUUAGCUAUAGGCCUAUAUAUAUAUAUAGGCCUUUCUGGUGACGUGCAGUAAACUAUAUCAAGUCAAAGAAGUGUCAAAUCAUUGCACACUGGUAUAAGCUGAUUUAUUAAAUUCACAAAAUAAAUCAGCUAAUCUUCUCAUACCAGUGUGCAGUGAUUUGACACUUCUUUGACUUGAUACAUAUAUAUAGACUAUAUAUAAUAUAUAUAUUUUUAAUUGGAUUAAUUAUGACAAUUAAUUAAUUAUUUUAUUGAAAUUUAAAACUCCAACGUUUUCUCUGGUUUCUAAGAAUGAUGUUCUAGUGAUUACUUAGAAAUUAAUACAAAUGUAUCAUUAUGGGGAUUUAUUGUGUCUUUUUAAACUGCCACAUGUGUCUCGUCCAGUAAUGGCCAAACAAAGUUUUGAUUAGUCUAAGUUAUAGAAUAUUUACGUUUAUCAAGGAUGUUUAUGAAGGAGCAUCGGUUAGGCCUACUACAAAUCGCAUGCAUUGUAGCAGAAUAACAAUAAGUGAAGGGGUAGACUAUGAGUUUAAAAUUACAUAUCUGGAAAACCAUCAAAUUAUUUGUCCCGACGGUUUCUAAAAAUAACAAAAUGUAUAUAUGGAAUUUAGGCUAGGUUAAUAUAGGUUAAUUCGUUUUGGCGUGUGUGUUCUGUUUUAUCGACGUCUUUAAGUUGGAUCCCUGAUUCAUACUCCUGUUCAGACGGGGGCGGUAAUGUACCGAAACGUUUGAAUUCCCCGAAUGAAACCAGCAAGAAGAAGAAGUUUCAUUACUGUUUAUGUUGUCUCUUACUGGUGGUCGAGUAAAACAUGUUAAUAAAAAUGUCGCCCAGCAGUUCAACUUUGGAAGAACAGCUUUCGUCCAUAAUGGACGUACUGGCGAAAGCGGCCGUAUCUGAAAUUAGCCAACUGUUCUCGGAAGGCUCGACUACCCUUCGCUUACAAAUAACUCAGAGCCUGAAAGAAAACGAAGCGCUGAGGACGAGGAUGAAGGUGAUGAGGAGUGAGCUGUUUUCUUUGCGGCUUCAAACGAGAUCAAAUGCAUCGCGUGCGGCAAGUCGUUUCGCCCUGGCUCGAGCCAACAUCUGCAAACCACGGACUAAACCACUGGGAAUAAAUGGUUUAAAGCCCCAGUUGGACCACAAGGCGGUUGGAAAUUCCCCUUUUCUCGCACCAUCCAAAAGUGAGGCCUCAACCGUUACAACUCCACUAGAGCAGGAGACCCCAGACAUCAUUUUUAUCAAGGAUGAAGAGGAUAUGGGUGGAUGCAGGCCCGCUGUAGAAGACUGCGAUGCCUUUGGAGACUGCAGCCCGCAGCGUGGCGCUACCUCGGAGAGUCUGCAUGUGGACGCCCCUGGCUCCUCCCACUUGUCCAGUCACGACGGUGACCUGCGGAUCCUGAGCGUCCACGGACAAGGGGAGGGCCCACUGGCGGUGGACGCUAAUGACACCCUCUUUACCGCGUCCGAACUGGAGGCCCUGAGCUCGCUGUCCCCGGACCACAGCAUCACCCACGACAGCCUCCUCAGCUUCAACAGCGGCCCCAGUGAGAGGGCCCCUUCGCAGGGGACGCAGGACAGCAGGGGGGGUCCCGGUAGAGACGGCCAAGCAGAACGGCUCCAGCGCCUCCAGGCCGCCUCUCUGUCCCUGAAGCACGCCGCGCUAGAGGCCGGCGACAAGGGAAGGCGAUUGGGCAACCUCGGUGCACAGUUCCCACUGCAACACAACUUGGACUCUGAGAGGUUCUUCAGCCACAAGGACCCCAUAGUGCCCCAAACGCUCGAGCCACCCUUCUCCUGUGCCUUUUGCGGCAGGUCGUUGGCCAACAAGGCCAAGCUUACCAUGCAUAUGCGCAUCCACACCGGUGAGAAGCCGUACGGGUGCGUCCAGUGUGGGAAGCGCUUCACGCAGAGCGGCAGCCUAAAGAUCCACCUGAGGACUCACUCCGGGGAGAAGCCUUGCGUGUGUCUGCAGUGCAACGCCCGCUUCAGCGACCCCAGCAAUUUGCGUCGCCACAUGGUCAAGCACAUUGGCAAUGGGGUGCUUUGACACGGGGCAACGGGAUGCUUCGAUUAACUUCUCUAUCGUGUAUGUGAUGAAAGGCCUGCUUUAGGUUUAUUUCAUCACCUGAAAAAAGUGACCCUUUCAAACUCCAAAAAACGUUUUUUAUUGUUGUUUAUAAUCUAUGUCUGUGCAGUGUUUCCCUAGAAAAAAUUGGUGACGUCAUCAUGUGACCUGGAAGGUUUCAUUUUAACGUUUUUUUUACUUCUCUCGAUAUUUGCCAUCUGUGAAGCGUGCCGCUGCUGACUUAAAGUCGAAUGUAUCGAGAGUGUCUCUGCUGCUUGCAAUGCGCAUAAGCCUCGUGACUCUUCCUUCCCCAAGGAGGCUUCGCUGAGCAGUCAUUAUUAGAGCUUAGAUCGGACCCAGAAAAUUAAGCCCGACCCGGGGCCAAGCCCGUGCACGUUCUGUCCGAGCCCGUCCCGGCCCGACACAUUAACUAAUGAUGAGCCCGAGCCCGAUUUCAACCCGAAUUUUUUUUUAAUACAUGUGUAACUUUGUACACAUUUGUUACUUAGGCCUACUCUGCUAAAUAUAUAUGUAAGGGAUAAUGUAUACAACACCGGCGACGUUCUAUACAUUAUCCCGCUUAUUACAUAGCUACUUGCCAAAAACGAAAAAAUAACUUCACAUGGUGUCUCUUUUCACUUUCAUAGUGUUGAUCAGCAGUGAAAUAGUCCACCAAAGACGUUGACAUUGCUUAGCAACCGAAGUGAGGGGGUUGACAAGUUACCGGACUACUACCCAUGCAAGUGAACGGAGCGUUCCACGCCAUUGAGAAGACCCGAGUAAUAAAGGCUUAUAAUAUUUCCGUUUAUGGCAUAGAUUUCUCCUCAGAUUAGGCCAAUAAAGCAAUGAUUUAAAAAUGAAUAAAAAAAAAAAAAAUGCUCGAUAAAAGGCCCGACCCGGCUCGAGGAUAGUAGUGGGAAAUAUCGGCCCGACCCGCAUUGUUUUACAUGAAUUGGCUAAUCAAAUGACCACUAUAUUUUAAACACAAUUCAAAUUGUGCAUAGAGAAUUAUUUCCAUUGGUCAUUCUCACCUGAGACAUUUAGAAUUUUCUGUCCUACUCAUUUUUUUCCUGGUCAAUGACCGGUAAUUAACGGACAACGGAAACUCUGCUGUCUGUGUCAUUACCUUUACCUUUGUAAUCACAAAUUGCCUGCAAAGUUCACUUGUGGAAUAGACUACUGCAAUGUAACCCAACAUUAUUCAUGAUCGUGUUCAUUUCACUUAUCUUAUCAUUCUGUGUGCUUAAUUCGAACUACCUCUUGUUUUGACUUUCUGUUUGCUGACUUCUUUCUACUGCCAGUAUUUUCUAGUUCUUAGCUUGGAUUGUAUCACGAUAGGCAAUAAUGGUUGAGUACUACUUCCUACAGUUAGAUUAUCAAUUAAAAAACUUCCCUGGCUAUAUGUAUAUAUCUCGGUGAUACUUAAGUCAGUUUACAGUCCUCCCUCUACAAUGCAGCAUUAUUCUAUGGGACAUAGUCAGAAGAUUUAUAUUAUUGUUCAUCCUUCACUUUGUCGUACGAAAGUUAUAUAAAGGCUGAUUAACAUACGUUAACUCCAAGCAUAAAAUAUAUAUCAAUGAAUGGUAUGCAAGACGAUAACCCUUUUUUUAUUUUUUAUUAAAUUGUUAUCACAUUGCAUUCAGGAAUAAUAUGUACAUUAUUAUUACACAGAUACUUACUAAAUAAAUGUAUCACGUGA